GCUAGGAAUCUCAAUAUGGCUUUACAUGAUUAAGAUUGCGUGGCUCAUGUUUAACGAUGAAAAAGCUCUGGGUUCAGGUUCUGAAGGGGAAGUAUUUGAACCACAAGGAUGGGAUGAUUGUUUCCAUGAAGAAGAGCAAUCCCUCAAGCCUUUGGAAAGCUGUCCUCAGAGCCAUGCCCAUGAUGAAGCAAGCCACUGCCUGGAGUAUCAGUGAUGGAGCAUCCACUGGCUUUUGGACUCACCCCUGGAUUGACCAUGAUAUUAUCCUUGCUGACUUUCUCAAGCAAGAUAUUAAUGAUCAAGAGAUGAACUCUGCUGUUGCCGAUUGGGUCACUAAGGAAGGGGAAUGGGAUUGGAGUAGACUCAACAGCCUAUUACAUGAUAAGAUCAUGUCUUUGAUUGCAGGCAGUGAUACUCUCAUUCCAAGCUCGGGGGAGGAUAAGCGUAUCUGGGGCAUUGAACAAGAUGGGAAGUUAUGCCUCAAGUCUGCCUACAAUCUUGACUCGGACUUUUUGGGAAGGGAUGAGGAUUCAAUCUGGAAGGGCAUUUGGAAAUGGAAAGGACCAAGCAAGAUUAAGCAUUUCCUGUGGCUGGAGACACAUAACAGAUUGAUGACAAACAAGGAGAGAUCAAAGAGAGGACUGACAACCAACAUCAGUUGCCCCCACUGCAACAACCCUGAGGAAACUAUGGAGCAUACCCUCCGCAGUUGCAAAAAGAUUAAGGGUGUCUGGAAUCGUUUCAAGGCAUCCAUCACUGACCAAGAACCCAACCACGAUUUUAAAACCUAGUUGCUGAACAAUAUUAAGGAUCUGGGAAAAGGAACGGAAUUUGGGAUCAUUUGUUGGUGCUUAUGGAAGUAGAGAAACGAAGAAGCAAUGGAGGUGAACCCUUCUCUGAAAUGGGACUAAUUAAACGAAUCACUACUUGUUUCACUAUCAAUGUCAAUGUUGUUGCUAAUGUUGCUUCCAUUGGCCUGGUCAUGAGAAUCAAUAGAGAAAGAAGCU